UGCCUUCACAUACACACACAGACAUUCACAUAUUUUUCAAGUAUUCACCUUACAUAUUCUUGAAGAAUAAAAAAUGGCUACAUUUUUUCACACUUUCAAAUAUUCACUCUUAUUAUUAAUCAUCAUUCAAUGCACCAGCAUUACCACUACCCUAGCUCAAGCUCCAGCUCCUGCACCAUCCGGCCCAACCAACAUCACAAAAAUCCUAGAAAAAGCCGGUCAAUUCACAACCCUAAUACGGCUAAUGAAAACCACACAAGUUGGUGAUCAAAUCAACACACAACUUAACAACUCCAACGGCCAAGGGAUGACGGUUUUUGCUCCAACUGACAAUGCUUUCUCUAGCCUUAAAGCAGGAACAUUAAACUCUCUAUCCGACGAGCAAAAAGUUGAGUUGCUACAAUUUCAUGUCAUGCCAAACUAUUACACUACUUCACAGUUUCAAACCAUUAGUAACCCGUUAAGGACACAAGCCGGGGAUAGUGCUAGUAACAAGUUUCCCAUGAAUAUAACCACCUCAGGGAACCAAGUGAACAUUACAACCGGUGUGGUGAAUGCCACGCUGGCAAAUACUAUCUACACUGAUGGUUCACUUGCAGUGUAUCAAGUGGACACAGUUUUGUUACCCAUGAGUUUGUUUGGCCCGCCGCCUGCUCCAGCUCCGGCUCCAUCACCUUUGAAAAAGAAGAAGUCUGGUGCUGAUGAUGACACCCCGGCCACUGAUGACGGUGCCAGUGCUGAUGCUUCUGGCGCGGCUGUUUAUUAUGGUCAUUUGCACCACGGGUUGUAUAUUGGAGUGAUUGGGUUCAUUGCAAUGUUCUGUCUGUGAAAACAGAGGAUUGGUGACAUGCUGGAAAUGAGAAUGGGCCUACUUUUGGGAUGAUAUUAUUUUUGUUUAAUUUCUAAGGUGAUUUGGGUUAAGAGUAGGAUGCAUUGCGUGCUUUUUGAAUAAUUAAAACCUUUGUCAUCUAUGUCAUUUUUUUCUUUUUUGUAAUUUGAUGAAUAUAUGAUCGAGUAUGUACAAUUAAUUGAGUUUCA